UCGCGAACGGUCAAUCAGGACGGAUGUGGUCGAAGCCCGUCGUCAAUCGUAGUGUGAUUUUAACCGUUUGAGAGUUGGUGGUGGGACACUCCCCCGGACUAUCGGACAAUCGUGACUUCCGGGAAAUAGCGCUCUCGCUGCAGUUUCAGGAUUUUGGCGGUUGAGGAUUAACACAAGGAUUAAGUUGGAUACCCCUCUCUCUCUCUAGGAUUAGCAGUUGUGGCAGCUUGUUUGCACUGGAUUAAGAGCUCAUUCGAGUGUGAGUGGCCGAGUGUCAAAAAUGAUGAUGAAUCUGUUUGUGCAUCGCUGGAGUGCCGAGCCACGAAUGCAACGUGAUCAAUCAUUAAACGUGGCCAAUUUGGGGGUGGUGCCGCGUGCGAGGAAAUGAUGUGGAUACAAACCCAGUGAGUUGGAAAACUAGUUUAUGCAGGCGGAAACGCGAGGAAAAUUCGCAGUGUGAGAAGAGGAAAAUUUGUUCAUUAGCGUUUGACGAAGAGCGACGAUGCUGCCACGUUUUUGAAUGGUUUCAACGCAAGUUAGCUUAUAGAAAAAAGGAAGCAAACCGGUGUGCUCAUGUGAGGGCGUAUGUAUGUGAUAAUCUUUUGGAAAACAUAACCUACAAGGUAGAAAAGAGAACGUAAAUAAGCGUGAAAACCCGUGAGAGGAAAAUGCCAGAGGAUUAUUCACCGGACAGCAUAGAAGCAGCACCCGUUAAGGAUAUAUAAUUUGCGGAAUCUGGUGUUCUGGUAUGCAGCAGAAGCCCCGAGGUCUCCUUGUUCCACGACGUGUACGACAUCACGCACAUGGCUCGAGGCCCCUUGAGGAUAGGAGAAGAUGCCGGGUCUGAAUCCGGAGAGUGCUGCCUGAUUCAGUGCCGCCGAUGCCGCACGGUCCUGGCCGACUGUUCCGCGACUGUGUCAUCGUUGUUUUUACUGUUGUAGUUGCCUAUGGAUGUGCUUCAUCACCACCGUCUUGACGCAUGGCUAUGUACUACUAUGCAAGCAAAUUAUCAGCAGUCGCAUGUGGCACCCGGUGCCGCCAAGGAUUAAGCCGGAGGCAACGCAUUCGUAACAGCCAGGCCCGGAACCAGGCCAAAAAGGCCGACGACGACGACGAGUCCGACGAUAAUGGCAAAGAUAAAAAGACCCUAUCAGCGUCGUUGCUGUGCGAAACCACCGACGACACUAUCGUGAUAUCGCUGAAAACGUCCGAACAGCCGGAAGUGUGCUGCGAAAGUACGCCCACGCUGACGCACCCGACGACGGCCCUCGGAACGGGCGGGGUUAUGUACGGAAAUGGCAACAUCGUGUCCGGACCUCUCGAGUCCCUCAUCGACCUGCUGAUGCCGGCCAACGCCGAUGAUCUAGACCAGGAGUACGUUUUCUCGUUCCUGCUGUCGUGUAGGUUUUUCAUCCGCACCCACGAGCUGCUGGGAAAGCUGCUCGAGACCCUGCCCGAGCCGGAACCACUCGGUCGGUUGGUGCCGCUGCUGGCCGUCUGGACCAAAAAGUUCCCGUACGACUUUCGCGACGAACGGAUGAUGAACCACGUUAAACAUAUCGUAGCUAGAUGCGCAGAUACUAAAUUAGCCGAUGUGGUAUCUGAACUACUGUGUGCCUUGUUAGCUCGUCUAACCGAACUUGAGAAACACGAGGAAGAACUCAAAAGCUAUCAAUCAACUGUUGACAAUAAGACUGAAUCAAUAAAAUGGCCAAAUGCGUCCCAGUUGGCGCAACUUUUGUGCCGCAUCGAACGGAACCUGGCCAAACACGUGGGACCGGAAGAGUUUGUGCAGUGCAAUGCCAACCUGCUGAAGGACCCAAAUCGAGAGGACUUUACGCCGAAAGCCCCGGGCUCGGGACCCGGUCCCACUGGAGGCACCACCCUGGACGGCAAGAAGACCUGCAACCUGGAAAGCUACCUGGAGUGGUCCGCCCGGUUACGGUUGCUGGUGGCAAAUGAGAUUUUGAAGUGCCAAAACAUCCAGGACCGGAACGAGGCGGUGGAGCUCUGGAGUGGGGCCGCCCAGUACUGCCUGCUGGUGGGGAACUACAACAGUGCAACGACCAUCCUGGAGUCGCUGGAUAUUCCACCGAUUGCGAGAUUACAAAUCACGUGGAGCAAACUUUCGUCGACGACCAGCCAACAAUUGGAUUGUAUGCAACGUCACGCGGAAGGAUGUGGCAAUUUGUGGAGCAAACAGACGGCAACCGGGCCCGGCUCGACCACGUUGGACAAGAAGCGGAAACAACAGCCAUCGUCAACGGGAUCUUCCACGGUAUCGCUGGCCACCGGGCCCAAGUCGGCCAAGCCGAACGAGUGGGUUGUCGUGCCGGUUUUUGUGGACAUCGUCAAGCUGGCGCUUAAAUCACGGGAGGACUGCUGUGUACGACUCCCGAACGGGCACAUAAAUAUGUCCGCAUUUGACCGGUUGGCCGCGGUCGUCGGCGCGUUCACCAGGCACAUGUCCCAGGUCAAUCAGACGCUGCCGGACGUCGGGGCGUACGGGCACCUGUGUCACCACAUGCAGUCCUGCCGACUGCUCAACGAAACAGAGCUCAUGCUGGCAUCGUUCGAAUGCGAGGGUGCGACCGUCGCCGAGAAGGAGCUGUACGACGUUACAUAGCAGCAUCAGCAUCGACAUCAUCGCAGUUAUCACCACAAUAUUCAGCCCUGCUGCUGCUGCUGUAGCCAGUUGGAGCAGAUCACCACCAUGGACAACGACCACUUCUGCUGCUUCUAUUUGCAUACGACCCUGCACCAUCGGCAGGCGGAGAUGAUGCCAAUAAUGCUGCUGCUGCUCCUUCUGGUUCUGCUCCUGAUGGCACAUUCCGAAAAGUCGGUGGUGGUCGUCGUUAUGGUCACAACAGCAGCAGCACCAGCUGGUGAAGCAUGGAAAAGGACAACUUCCCAGCAGAGGCCAGCAACAGUCCGGCAGCUGAAUUGAUUCGAGGAACAAUUUUAAUAUGUCAAUAUUUUAAUAUCAACAGCACAACACAAGAAAAAUGGUGCUCGAGGGAGGGUGAGGGAGAAAUGAAAAAAAAAAAGAAUUUUCCCCUGAAGGCAGAGAUGCACGAUGACAAAUUCGGGUAGAAAGUGGGGGAGGAAACGAACAUAAUUGAAUCGAAACUAGGACAAUUUUAUUCGGAAUUUGAAUUCUAUGCAAAAAAACAACUUUCAUGUGAUUAGCUUAUAACAAUAAAUGGGCAGAUUGUUGGUAACUUAAGGGUGUAGCAGGUAGCGUGCUCCUUAAAGCUGAGCAAUUUUCAACGAAAUUUGCAAUUUUAGUUUUAUUGGAGUAAAAACUCUGUCAAAGCUCAAAUACCGUAAACCGGGGUGACUUUGAUAGGAUUUCAAUUUGUUUUUAGAAUAUUUUCCAACAGGUAAGGUUUUUCUCAAGAUUGUUAUUUUUAAAAUAUGUACUGGGGUAGACUACACAAAGUCCAUGCACUAUUUCGGAAAAAAAGUUUUUUCAAUAAUGUUUAGAAAAAUAGUUACGUUAAAAAUUCUUAGUUUUAAUUCCGGGGUGACUUUGAUAGUCAUAGUUUUUCUUGUUAAAAUCAUAUUUGAGAUGUUCAAACUUUAUUUGUACGCUAAAUGUACCAUCACUAAAGAAGCUGAUAUAGUUUUUAAGAAAAAAUCAGUGUUUAUAUUUAGUUAACUAAGUGUAUAAGCUUUUUAGCAAAAUGCAUAUAAAUUUUAGGUAAAAUUGUUAAAAAGUCGGAAUUUUGCCUGAAAUUUGUUAAAACUAGUUUUGUUUGUAAAAUUAUCGAUUGAUAUUGCAUUUUAUACUGAUUUCAAAGCACGAAUCACAAGUUUUCACAUUUUACAUGAAAUUUGUUAAACUGAAAUUGCCUAUAAAUUUGGAGAAUUUUUUAAUUGUGUUUCAAAAACACAUAUUAUUUAUUAUUUACAAACUUUUUAACCUUCUCCUAGUGGAAAAUUGUCCAAAGAAUCCGAAAAUACUUCCGUUUUCCGAUUAAAAAUCAUGUUCAUUGAUAAAGCAUUUUCUUAACUACAGUUAACUAACUUUUUAAACUUGUCAAAAUUUUAUGAAAAGUUCUGCUUGAGGUACUUUGAACACUUCUCUAACACGGUCAGUUUGUUUCUUAACCAUUCAUUACGUAAUUUAAUUGUACUCUUCAUUUUGCGGAAAAAUCGCAAACCUAUCAAAGUCACCCCGUUUUACGGUACCAUUGGACUAGGUUGUGAUAUGAUUUAUUUUUUAUUUUUUGUAAGGUUCAUCAACAUCAUACAUUGUGGAAUUAGGUCCUUGUAAAUAAAGUCCCUAAAACAUUUUUAAAUUAUUUAAAUGUAUGAUUUUUACAAGUGAAAACUGUUUUUUUUUUUCAAAAUGGUUUUAUUUACCCUAUUUGACCGAUUAAAAUAUUUUUUAAGCAUCGUCUCCUUUUUAAAAAUGCUUCAAGAAAUCAGGCGACAGUUUUUUUUUUUUUCAAAUGUUGCAAUUAAAGUGAUCCAACAGAACACAAUCAAUAUAAAGUUUCCAUUGAA